UUACUGCGAAACAAGCUUGAGCCAGGGGUGGGAUGAUGAUGAUGAAGCCAAGAUGGCAGCUCAGCUGAGGGUGCUGCCUCCACGGGAUCAAGAAAUAUUCAAGAAGGAAAUGAAAACCAAGCACGACAGGACGCCCAUUUAAAAAAGAAAUACUACUAUAUGCUGUGAUCACGCUACUACCAAAAUCGGUAUGCGUUGAGAUAAUGCUUUUCUGGAGAUAAGGACUGUGUUGUAGGUCUGGACUCGAAGCUCAUCUCAGCACAGGCGCACCGCCACCAGAGACACUACAAUCUACGCUGAUUACUGGAGAUACUGGAUUUUAAUCGUGCCAUUUCGCUAUUGUGCAUUGGACCCUUGCCGGGACAUGUAGUGGUGUGAAUGACAACGGGAGUGUAACUGUCGGCUGGUUAUGGUCUAGCGGUUUGAUGUUUGAUGUAAUAUAUGCAUUGUUCUACUAAACCAUGAUGUGUGCUGCUGCGGCAGCGGCCGCAGCCGGCGGAGGAGUCUUGCCCUCCUCAUCGCCGUCCAUGGGGUUCGGUGUCAGGGUCACUUCUGGAGUCGGAGCCGAAUUCUCCACCCUUGGCUCUGCCAUGGGUUCGUGUCCCACACCCGGAACCCAGACGGAUUGCCGGAGUCGGUACCAGCUUUUACUCUCAGGGCGAGCUUUGGCGGAAAGAUACAGGAGGAUUUACACCACUGCGAUCAAUGACAAAGAACAAGGGAUCAAUCAAGGAAGGGGAAAGAAGGCCUUGAGCAAGAAGAAGCUAAAACGACGACAGAAGGUGAAGUCAAAAGUCAAAGCGAGAACAAAGAACGACGGUCUGGAUGGCGCCUACUGCAUCCCGGACAUCAAGCUGCACAGCAACCCGUCGGCGUUCAACGUGUACUGCAACGUGCGCCACUGCGUGCUGGAGUGGCAGCAGCGCGAGGCCUCCCUGGCGCUGGCCUCCAGGAGCUCCGUGCAGAGCGGGGACUCGGACAGCGAGGAGGAGGAGGAGUACCGUGAGCCUCCCGUCAAGCUGCCCAAGAUCAUUGGCAUCGGCCUGUGCGGGGUGUUUGAGCUGAUUAAGGAGACGCGGUUCUCCCAUCCGUCGCUGUGUCUGCGCAGCCUGCAGGCCCUGCUGGACAUGUUGCAGGGCCAGCAGCCCGAAGGCUUCCAGACCGAGCCCCCCGACGUCCUGGAGUCCCUGUUCCAGCUGCUGCUCGAGACCACGGUGCGGAGCACGGGACCCAACGACCCCACGGGCCAGGCCCUCACGGCACUCUCCUGCGCCUGCCUCUUCAGCCUGGUGGUGGCCUGGGGGGACACGGGCCGGAUCCUGCAGGCCGUCUCCGCCAUCCUCACCAACAACGGCAGCCACGCCUGCCAGACCAUACAGGUGCCCACCAUCCUGAACGCGCUGCAGAGGAGCAUCCAGGCCGUGCUGGUGGGCAAGAUCCAGAUCCAGGACUGGUUCGGCAACGGCAUCAAGCGGGCGGCGCUCAUGAACAAGUGGGUGCUGAAGGAGGUGGCUAUCGACGAGGACGAACACUGCCUGCUGCAGACAGACGGCUCCUUCCUCUACCUGCUCUGCAAGGACGGCCUCUACAAAGUGGGCUCCGGAUACAGCGGCACCGUCCGGGGCCACGUGUACAACUCCACGUCUCGCAUCCGCAACCGCAAGGAGAAGAAGUCCUGGUUGGGCUUUGCACAGGGCUAUCUAUUGUACCGGGACUCGGGUAACCACAGCACGUCAGCCAUUAAGAUCAACCCGGAGACGCUGGAGCCGGAGGGCGCCGUCUCCAUGCCAGGCCAACACGCCGACGGUCAGAACAUCAUCUUCACAGACGGGGAGUACAUCAACCAAUUAGCCGCCUGCAAAGACGACGGCUUCGUGGUGCGGAUCUACGCCACAAGCUCGGACCCCGCCCUCCAGCAGGAGCUGCAGCUGAAGCUGGCCAGGAAGUGUCUCCACGCCUGCGGCAUCUCCCUCUUCGACCUGGAGAAGGACCUGCACAUCAUCAGCACCGGCUUUGAUGAAGAGGCAGCGCUGCUCGGAGCCGGCCGGGAGUUCGCUCUGAUGAAAACCGCCUCGGGAAAGAUCUACUACACGGGCAAGUACCAGAGUCUGGGCAUAAAGCAGGGAGGGCCCUCGGCUGGGAAGUGGGUGGAGCUGCCCGUCACCAAGUCUCCAAAGAUAGUCCAGUUCUCGGUCGGCCAUGACGGUUCGCACGCGCUGCUGGUGGCCGAGGACGGCAGCGUCUUCUUCACCGGCUCCGCCUCCAAAGGAGAGGACGGAGAGUCCACCAAGAGCCGCAGACAGCCAAAGCCCUACAAGCCUAAGAAGAUGAUCAAGCUGGAGAGCAAGACGGCGGUGCACACGGCCUGCAACAACGGCAGCAGUAGCAUCGUCACCAAAGACGGAGAGCUCUACAUGUUUGGCAAGGACGCCAUCUACAGCGACAGCACCUGUCAGGUGACGGACCUGAAGGGUCACUUUGUGACUCAGGUUGCCAUGGGGAAGGCCCACACGUGCGUGCUCACCAAGAGCGGCGAGGUGUGGACGUUUGGUGUCAACAACAAGGGCCAGUGUGGACGAGACACGGGGGCCAUGAACCAGGCGGGGAAAGCGUUUGGCGUGGAGAACAUGGCGACGGCCAUGGACGAGGACUUGGAGGACGACCUGGAGGAGAAGGAGGAGAAGAGCAUGAUGUGCCAGCCCGGCAUGCACAAGUGGAAGCUGGAGCAGUGCAUGGUGUGCACGGUGUGCGGCGACUGCACCGGCUACGGGGGCAGCUGUGUGAGCAGCGGGCGGCCCGACAGAGUGCCUGGCGGGAUCUGUGGCUGCGGCUCCGGGGAGUCGGGCUGCUCGGCGUGCGGCUGCUGCAAGGCCUGCGCCCGGGAGCUGGACGGCCAGGAGGCCAGGCAGAGGGGCAUCUUUGACGCCGUGAAGGAGAUGAUCCCCCUGGACCUCCUGCUAGGCGUGAACAUCGAGGAGCACAUCCAGAUCCGGCAGGAGGAGAAGCGCCAGCGGAUCAACCGGCGCCACCGGCUGGAGGAGGGCCGAGGCCCCCUUGUUUUCCCUGGCCCCAUAUUUAUGAACCAGCGUGAGCAGGCCCUAGCCAGAAUAAGACCCCUUCAGGCCCUAAGGCAUAAGCGGGACAAGCACAAAGCGGCUCCGUCCUCCGCCGCUGUUAUUGCAUCACCAGACGGCAGUAGCGAGCGCGGGGAGAAGGACGCCAGUAAGAUCACCACCUACCCCCCCGGCGCGGUGAGGUUCGACUGUGAGAUGCGAGCGGUGCAGGUCAGCUGUGGCUUCCACCACUCCGUGGUGCUGAUGGAGAACGGCGACGUGUACACCUUUGGUUACGGCCAGCACGGACAGCUCGGACACGGGGACGUCAACUCCAGGGGUUCUCCCACCCUGGUCCAGGCGCUGCCCGGGCCCAGCGUUCAGGUGACGGCGGGCAGCAACCACACGGCCGUGCUCCUCAGCGACGGACAGGUCUUCACCUUCGGCAGCUUCUCGAAAGGGCAGCUGGGCCGGCCCAUCCUGGACAUGCCCUACUGGAACGCCAAGCCCUCCCCCAUGCCCAACAUCGGCUCCAAGUACGGCCGCAAGGCCACGUGGAUCGGCGCCAGCGGAGACCAGACCUUCCUGCGCAUCGACGAGGCGCUCAUCAACUCGCACGUGCUCGCCACCUCGGAGAUCUUCGCCAGCAAGCACAUCAUCGGCCUGGUGCCCACCUCGGUGUCGGAGCCGCCGCCCUUCAAGUGCCUGCUCAUCAACAAGCUGGACGGCAGCUGCCGCACCUUCAACGACUCGGAGCAGGAGGACCUGCAGGGCUUCGGCCUCUGCCUGGACCCCGUCUACGACGUCAUCUGGAGGUUCCUGCCGGCCACCAGGGAGAUGUGGUGCUACAACGCGGUGAUAGCAGAUGCCCGCGUGCCGUCCCUCACCGACCUUCAGUCCCGCUGCAGCAUCCUCAGCCCCGAGCUGGCGCUGCCGUCGGGCUCCAACGCCACCACCACGCGCUCCCACGGGGCCCUGCACAUCCUGGGCUGCCUGGACACCCUGGCCGCCAUGCAGGAGCUGAAGAUGGGCGUGGCCAGUGCGGAGGAGGAGACCCAGGCCGUGAUGAAGGUUUACUCCAAGGAGGACUACAGCGUGGUUAACCGCUUCGAGAGUCAUGGAGGGGGCUGGGGCUACUCUGCCCACUCAGUGGAGGCCAUCCGCUUCUGUGCGGAUGCAGACACCCUGCUGGGGGGCCUGGGGCUGUUCGGGGGCCGCGGGGAGUACACGGCCAAGAUCAAGCUGUUUGAGCUGGGCCCAGACGGGGGCGACCACGAGACAGACGGGGACCUCCUGGCCGAGACGGACGUGCUGGCCUACGACUGUGCUGCCAGGGAGAAGUACGCCAUGAUGUUUGACGAGCCGGUGCUGCUGCAGCUGGGCUGGUGGUACGUGGCCUGGGCGCGCGUGUCGGGGCCCAGCAGCGACUGCGGCUCCCACGGCCAGGCGACCAUCACCACCGACGACGGCGUGGUGUUUCAGUUCAAGAGCUCCAAGAAGUCGAACAACGGCACAGACGUGAACGCUGGACAGAUCCCUCAGCUGCUCUACAGGCUUCCCUCAAACGACGGCACCGCUUCCAAAGGAAAGCAGCAAACCAGUGAGCCAGUGCACAUCCUGAAGCGCUCCUUCGCUCGCACCGUGUCUGUGGAGUGCUUUGACUCCCUGCUGAGCGUGCUGCACUGGAGCUGGACCACGCUGGUGCUGGGUGUGGAGGAGCUGCGCGGGCUGAAGGGCUUCCAGUACACCGCCACCCUGCUGGACCUGGAGCGGCUGCGCUUCGUGGGCACCUGCUGCCUGCGCCUGCUGCGCGUCUACAUCUGCGAGAUCUUCCCCAUCUCAGCCACCACCAAGGCGGUGGUGGACGAGUCCAGCCGGCUGGCGGAGUGCGUGGGCAAGACGCGCAGCCUGCUGAAGAAGAUCCUGUCCGAGGGCACCGACAACUGCCUGACCAAGCUGGACAACGACCCCCAGGGCUACCUGUCCCAGCCGCUCACGCUGCUGGAGGCGGUGCUGCAGGAGUGCCACAACACCUUCACCGCCUGCUUCCACUCCUUCUACCCCACGCCCGCGCUGCAGUGGGCCUGCCUCUGCGACCUGCUCAACUGCCUGGACCAGGACAUUGCGGAGGCCAACUUCCGCACGUCCAGCAGCCGUCUGCUGGCGGCGGUCAUGUCGGCCCUGUGCAACACGUCGGUCAAGCUGACCUCCAUCCUGCCCAUCGCCUACGACGGCGAGGUGCUGCUGCGCUCGCUGGUCAAGCAGGUGAGCACCGAGAACGACUCUGCGCUCGCUCACCGCUUCCCCCUGCUGGUGGCCCACAUGGAGAAGCUCAGCCACACUGAGGAGAACCUGAUGGGCAUGACCAGCUUCAGGGAGGUCCUGGAGAAGAUGCUGGUGAUCGUGGUCCUGCCAGUGAGGAAGAGUCUGAGGAAGGAAGUGGAGCUGUUCUCGCCUCACCUGGUCUCCAACACCUGCGGCCUUCUGGCCUCCAUCGUCUCCGAGCUCACCGCCUCCGCUCUGGGCUCAGAGGUGGACGGUCUGAACUCCCUGCAUUCGGUGAAGGCCACACCCAACCGCUUCACCAAGACAAGCCAGGGCCGCAGCUGGAACACGGGCAACGGCUCGCCGGACGCCAUCUGCAUGACGGUGGACAAGCCCGGCGUGGUGCUGGUGGGCUUCUGCGUCUACGGCGGCGGGGGCAUCCACGAGUACGAGCUGGAGGUGCUCGCCGACGACGCCCAGACGGAGCACCCCGGGGACUCGGCCCACUCCCACCGCUGGACGUCCCUGGAGCUGGUGAAGGGGACGUACAGCACCGACGACUCGCCCAGCGACAUCUCGGAGAUCCGCCUGGACAAGGCCGUGCCGCUCAAGGAGGGGGUCAAGUACGCCGUGCGCCUGCGUAACUACGGCAGCCGCACGGCCAACGGGGACGGCGGCAUGACCACGGUGCAGUGCUCCGACGGCGUGGCCUUCACCUUCAGCACCUGCAGCCUGAGCAGCAACGGCACCAACCAGACCCGCGGACAAAUCCCCCAGAUCCUCUACUACAGGAGUGAGUAUGACGGGGACCUCCAGUCUCAGCUGCUGAGCAAGGCCAACGAGGAGGACAAGAACUGCAGCCGCGCCCUCUCUGUGGUCAGCGCCGUGGUGCGCGCCGCCAAGGACCUGCUGCAGCGGGCCUUUGCUGUGGAUGCGGAAGACAUCCCUGAGCUGCUGAGCUCCUCCAGCCUGUUCUCCAUGCUGCUGCCCCUCAUCCUGGCCUACAUCGGCCCUGUGGCCGCCUCCGUGCCCAAGGCUGCCGUGGAGGUCUUCGGCCUGGUCCAGGAUCUGCUGCCUUCAGUCGCAGCUCUCAACAAGAAAUAUGCCCCGCCCACCUUUAAUCCCAACCAAUCGACGGACAGCACCACAGGCAACCAGCCCGAGCAGGGCCUCUCUGCCUGCACCACCUCCAGCAACUACUCUGUGAUCGAGAGCGACCACCCGUACAAGCAAGCUGGGGUCACCCAGUACAAGGUGUCCUUCCCAGAAUGCAUCCGCUGGACCAGCAUCGAGUUCGACCCCCAGUGCGGCACGGCCCAGCCCGAGGACGUGCUGCGCCUCUUCAUCCCCAGCCGCACCCUGCACCUCUCCAGCCUGGCCGCCAAGCCGCUGGCCCAGGACACCAUCAACACCUGGAUCGAGCUCAGGAAGUUCUCCGGCGCCACCGGCUGGCCCACCACCGUUCUGGUGCUGCCUGGAAACGAAGUUCUGUUUUCACUGGAAACGGCCUCAGAUUACGUGAAAGACGAGAAGGCCUGCUUCUACGGCUUCAAGUGCGUGGCUGUGGGGUACGAGUUCAACCCUGGACUGGAUGAGGGUAUUAUUCAGCUGGAGAAGGAGCUGGCCUACCUGGGUAGUGUCUGUGCUGCUGCUCUCAUGAAGAAGGAUCUGGCCCUGCCUAUAGGGAACGAAUUGGAGGAAGAUCUUGAGAUCCUUGAGGAGGCAUCUCUACAGGUGUGCAAGUCCCACUCUGGGAUCCUGGGCAAGGGUCUGGCCCUGUCCCACUCCCCCACCAUCCUGGAGGCCCUGGAGGGGAACCUGCCCCUCCACCUACAGACCAACGAGCACUCCUUUCUGGAGGACUUCAUCACCUGCGUCCAGACCUCCAGCGGCGGGCGGCUGGCCAGGUGGCUGCAGCCGGACUCCUACGCCGACCCCCAGAAGACCUCCCUCAUCCUGAACAAGGACGACAUCCGCUGCGGCUGGCCGGCCACCGUGGCGGUGCAGACCAAGGACCAGUACGGGGAGGUGGUCCACGUCCCCAACAUGAAGGUGGAGGUGAAGGCGGUGCCCGUGUCGCAGAAAAAGUCCAUGCAGCAGGAGAACACCUGCAGCAAGAAGCUUCAGAGGCUGCCCGGGUCCGCCACCAUCGCCACCGCCACCGCCAACGCCACCUCCUCCUCCUCCUGCUCCGCCUCCUCCAACUCCUGCUCCCCCUCGCUGUCCGGCGCCGACCUGACCUUCGGGGGCCUGCCCACGCCCCGGCUGGAGGCCACCUACGAGCCCGUCAUCGUCAAGGAGGCGCGCUACAUCGCCAUCACCAUGAUGAAGGCAUAUGAAAACUACUCUUUUGAGGAGCUGCGGUUCGCCUCCCCUACUCCAAAAAGACCCAGCGAGAACAUGCUGAUCCGCGCCAACACGGACGGGACGUACAGCGCCAACUGGACGCCCGGCGCCGUGGGCCUCUACACCAUCCACGUCACCAUCGACGGCAUCGAGAUCGAUGCCGGACUGGAGGUGGAGGUGAAAGACCCCCCCAAGGGAAUGAUCCCCCCAGGGACCCAGAUGGUCAAACCCAAGGCCGAGCCUCAGCCCAACAAGGUCCGCAAAUUUGUGUCCAAGGACAGCGCAGGCCUGCGUGUGCGUAGUCACCCCUCUCUGCAGAGCGAGCAGAUAGGCAUAGUGCAAGUCAAUGGCACCAUCACUUUCAUUGACGAGAUCCACAACGACGACGGCGUGUGGCUGCGGCUCAGCGACGACACGGUGAAGAAGUACGUGCCCAGCACGAACGGCUACUCGGAAGCCUGGUGCCUCUCCUUCAACCAGCACCUGGGCCGAAGUCUGCUGCUCCCGGCCGACAGUGUCUUUAGCGCUAGCCAAGGAGUCAGUGACACCGGCUUUUUGUCGUGGACCCCCUUAAGUGUUUUCCCACCACAGGAGUCCAGGGCCCCCUCGGAAGAGAGGGUGAAGGAGGUGGGCGGCCACCCCUCCCCCGAGGCCCCUGUGCGGGAGCAGAGCAGGGAAGGGCUGGGCGGCGGUGGCCCUGGGCUUUAUAAGGUAGUGAAGACCGGCCCCUCUGGUCACAACAUCAGAAGCUGCCCAAACCUUAGGGGUAUCCCCAUUGGAAUGUUAGUACUGGGGAACAAGGUCAAGGCCGUAGGCGAGGUGGUGAACUCGGAGGGCACCUGGGUUCAGCUGGACAAGAACAGCGUGGUGGAGUUCUGCGAGAGUGACGAGGGCGAGGCGUGGUCCCUGGCCCGGGACCGCGGCGGGAACCAGUACCUCCGACACGACGACGAACAAGCUGGGGUGGAGCACAACGGUCAGACCCCGCCCCCCAGCCCCUUCUCUGUGCAGGCCUUCAACAGGGCCGCCGCCUCCAACGGCGCGCAGGGCUUCGACUACGGCCUCUCCAACAACAAAGGUGUCCGGUUGAGCGCCAUACUGAAUCCCAUUCAGUCUGGGCCCUUCCUCCCAGCAGCUCCCUCCUCCGUAUUUGAGCAAGCCGCCCAACCUCCCACUACCUCCUCCUCCUCUUCCUCUUCCUCCUCCCUUGUCCACUGUCCAUUUGUGUUUGGACAGUCCCUCUCCCACCUGUCUCAGCCACAGCCACAGCUUCUGAAUGGUCCCUCAGUCAGCCUUGCUUCUCGUGAGCGUGCGCACAAAAGCAGCACUUCCAUGGCGGGGCAUGGUACCGCUCGUUCCUCUCUCGCUCACAAGCAAAAGGGUGACCGAGGGAACCUGCUGUCCGGCGCGCGGCCCAUGUCGCCGUCCUCCAAGCAGCGGCAGGAGAACCGCAGCGGGCGCUCCUCGGAGCAGGGCCGGGCCAGGACGGGCGAGGGGGGCCUCUCGGCCGGCGAGGCCCUGAUCCUCCGCUCGGACACGGCCAAGCUGCGCUCGGACUCACACAGCCGCUCCCACUCGCCCAACCACAACACCCUGCAGGCCCUGAAGGCCGACGGCAGGACGGGCCAACCAGGGGCCCGCGGCGAGUCCCCCAACCCGGGCUCCCGCUCCUCCUCGCCCAAGCAGAAGGGCGUGUCCUCCCCCUCCUCUGGCCGGUCCAGUCCCUCGGGCGCUCCGUCGCAGCACGCCGCCACCACCGCCACCGCCGCCUCCAACAACGACAAGAACCUCCCGCCCAAGGUCAGCCCGUCCCCCAAGGCCCGACUGGACCCUCCCCGAGAGAGGUCCAAGUCGGACUCGUACACCCUGGACCCGGACACGCUGCGGAAGAAGAAGAUCCCCCUGACGGAGCCCCUCCGGGGAAGGUCCACCUCGCCCAAGGCCAAGCUCUCCCCCAAAGACCCGAGCAAGGGCGGCGUCGGCAACGCGGAGAACCGCGCGCCCUCCCCCCACGUCACCCAGGAGAACCUCCACAGCGAGGUGGUGGAGGUGUGCACCUCGGGCGCCCCGCUCUCCAACGACGAGGCCAACGAGGCCAAUGACGAGGGCGGCGAGCUGCGCCGCGCCGAGGAGGGCUCCUCCAAGGUGCACUUCAGCAUCGGCAAGGCGCCCGUCAAGGAGGAGCAGGAGAGCCGCUCCUCGCCCAAGGCCAGCCGCAAGGCCUCCAGCCGCCACGUGCGGCCCAAGAAGGACAAGUCGGGCCCCCUGUUCAAAGCCGAGAGCGCGUCCAAGCUGGCGGAGCCCGCCAAGCAGGCCAUGUCGCCCUCGGUGGCGGAGUGCGCCCGGGCGGUGUUCGCCGCCUUCCUGUGGCACGAGGGCAUCGUGCACGACGCCAUGGCCUGCUCCUCCUUCCUGAAGUUCAACCCGGACCUGAGCAAGGAGCACGCGCCCAUCCGCAACUCCAUGGGGGGCCAGGGCGCCGAGGAGAAGGAGAGCAAGCUGAAGAACCGGCACUCCCUGGAGAUCUCGUCGGCGCUGAACAUGUUCAACAUCGCGCCGCACGGGCCCGACAUCUCCAAGAUGGGCAGCAUCAACAAGAACAAGGUGCUGUCCAUGCUCAAGGAGCCGCCGCUGCCCGAGAAGUGCGAGGAGGCCAAGGAGUCGGCGGCCCACGAGUCGAACUCCCACCCAGUGAUGAGGGCCAAGUCCAUCCUCCCGCUCACUCUGCAGCACCUGGUGGCCUUCUGGGAGGACAUCUCCAUGGCAACAAUGAAGGCGGCCACCCAGAACAUGAUCUUCCCCAGCCCGGGCUCCAGCGCCAUCCUGAAGAAGAAAGAGAACGAGAAGGACGGCAAGAAGGCCAAGAAGGAGAAGAAGAAGCGGGAGAAGGCGGAGGUGCGACCCCGGGGGAACCUGUUUGGGGAGAUGGCUCAGCUGGCCAUGGGCGGACCCGAGAAGGACACCAUCUGUGAGCUGUGUGGGGAGUCGCACCCCUACCCGGUCACCUACCACAUGAGGCAGGCCCACCCAGGAUGCGGUCGCUACGCCGGAGGCCAGGGCUACAACAGCAUCGGCCACUUCUGUGGCGGCUGGGCGGGGAACUGUGGCGAUGGAGGCAUCGGGGGCAGCACCUGGUACCUGGUGUGUGACCGCUGCAGAGAGAAAUACCUGAGGGAAAAACAGAGCGCAGCCAGGGAGAAGGUGAAGCAGUCCAGGAAGAAGCCCCUGCAGGUGAAGACGCCCCGCGCGCUGCCCACCAUGGAGGCCCACCAGGUGAUCCGGGCCAACGCCCUGUUCCUGCUGUCGCUGAGCAGCGCGGCGGAGCCCAGCAUCCUGUGCCACCACCCCCCCCGGCCCCUGCACUCCCAGCUGCCCAGCCUCAAGGAGGGCGUCUCGGACGAGACCUCCAACAAGAUGGGCUGCCUCUACCUGCAGACCCUGGCGAGGCAACACACGGAGAACUUUGGCGCCUACCAGGACGAUAACCUUUUCCAAGACGAGAUGAGGUACCUGCGCUCCACGUCGGUGCCCGCCCCGUACAUCUCCGUCACCCCUGACGCCUGCCCCAACGUGUUCGAGGAGCCGCAGAACAACAUGAAGUCCAUGCCCCCCAGUCUGGAAACGAGUCCGAUCACGGACAGCGACACGGCCAAGCGGACGGUGUUCCAGCGCUCCUACUCUGUGGUGGCGUCAGAGUACGACAAGCAGCACUCCGCCUCGCCGGCCCGCAUCAAGGCCGUGCCCAGACGGAGGGUCCACAGCGGGGACGCAGAGGUGGGCUCGUCCCUGCUGCGCCACCCGUCCCCGGAGCUGUCCCGGCUCAUCUCGGCGCACGGCUCCCUCAGCAAGGGGGAGAGGAACUUCCAGUGGCCCGUGCUGGCCUUCGUCAUCCAGCACCACGACCUGGAGGGCCUGGAGGUGGCCAUGAGGCACGCCCUCCGGAAGUCCGCCUGCCGGGUGUUUGCCAUGGAGGCCUUCAACUGGCUGCUGUGCAACGUGAUCCAGACCACCUCGCUGCACGACAUCCUGUGGCACUUCGUGGCGUCCCUCACGCCGUCCCCGAUGGAGCCCGAGGAAGAGGAGGACGAGGAGAACAAGGCCAACAAGGAGAACCUGGAACAGGAGCGAGACCUCGGGGUGUGCGAGCACCCCCUGUCGGACAUCGUCAUCGCCGGGGAGGCGGCCCACCCCCUCCCCCACACCUUCCACCGCCUGCUGCAGACCAUCUCCGACCUGAUGAUGUCACUUCCCAGCGGCAGCUCGUUGCAGCAGAUGGCUCUCAGGUGCUGGAGCCUGAAGUUCAAGCAGUCGGACCACCAGUUCCUGCACCAGAGCAACGUGUUCCACCACAUCAACAACAUCCUGUCCAAGUCGGAUGACGGUGACAGCGAGGAGAGCUUCAACAUCAGUGUGCAGUCGGGCUACGAGGCCAUCAGCCAAGACCUGUGCGUGGUGACCUGCCUGAAGGACCUGACCAGCGUGGUGGAUAUCAAGACGUCCAGCCGUCCGGCCAUGAUCGGCAGCCUCACGGACGGCUCCACCGAGACCUUCUGGGAGUCCGGCGACGAGGAUAAGAACAAGACCAAGAGCAUCACCAUCAGCUGCGUCAAGGGCAUCAACGCCUCCACCGUGUCCGUCCACGUGGACAACUCCCGGGACAUCGGGAACAAGGUCACGUCGAUCACAUUCUUGUGCGGGAAGGCGAUGGAGGACCUCUGCAGAAUCAAACAGGUGGACCUGGACUCGCGGCACAUGGGCUGGGUGACCAGUGAGCUGCCCGGGGGGGACCACCACGUGGUGAAGGUGGAGCUGAAGGGGCCCGAGAACACGCUGCGGGUGCGGCAGGUGAAGCUGAUGGGCUGGAAGGACGGCGAGAGCAUCAAGAUCGCCGGGCAGAUCUCUGCCAGCGUGGCCCAGCAGAAGAACUGCGAGGCGGAGACCCUGCGCGUCUUCCGCCUCAUCACCUCCCAGGUGUUUGGGAAGCUGAUCUGCGGAGACGCUGAACCCACUCCCGAGCAGGAGGAGAAGAACCUGCUCUCCUCGCCUGAAGGAGAAGACAAGGCGCCGUCUGACGCGGACCUGAAGGAGCACAUGGUGGGCAUCAUCUUUAGCCGGAGCAAGCUGACCAACCUGCAGAAACAGGUGUGUGCGCACAUCGUGCAGGCCAUCCGCAUGGAGGCCACCCGCGUGCGCGAGGAGUGGGAGCACGCCAUCUCCAGCAAGGAGAACGCCAACUCGCAGCCCAGCGACGACGACGCCUCGUCGGACGCCUACUGCUUCGAGCUGCUGUCCAUGGUGCUGGCGCUGAGCGGCUCCAACGUGGGCCGGCAGUACCUGGCCCAGCAGCACACCCUCAUGCAGGACCUGUUCUCCCUGCUGCACACCGCCUCGCCCCGCGUGCAGAGACAGGUGACGUCCCUGCUGCGGCGGGUGCUGCCCGAGGUGACGCCCGUGCGCCUGGCCAGCAUCAUCGGCGUGAAGGCCCUGCCGCCGGCCGACAUCAGCGACAUCAUCCACUCCACGGAGAAGGGGGACUGGAACAAGCUGGGCAUCCUGGACAUGUUCCUGGGCUGCAUCGCCAAGGCGCUCACCGUGCAGCUCAAGGCCAAGGGCAGCAGCAUUGCGGGGACCGCCGGCAUGGCCGCCGGGAAGGGCGUCACCACGGUGACGCUGCCCAUGAUCUUCAACUCCAGCUAUAUCCGCCGGGGGGAGAGCCACUGGUGGAUGAAGGGCUCCACGCUGCCCCAGAUCGCUGAGAUCAUCAUCAAGCUGGUCAAAGACAUGGCCGCCGGCCACCUCUCGGAGGCCUGGUCCAGGGUCACCAAGAACGCCAUCGCGGAGACCAUCAUCGCCCUGACCAAGAUGGAGGAGGAGCACCGCUCGCCCGUCCGCUGCGUCGCCACCACCAGGCUGUGGCUGGCGCUGGCCUCCCUGUGCGUUCUGGACCAGGACCACGUGGACCGCCUGUCAUCCGGCCGCUGGAUGGGCAAAGACGGACAGCAGAAACAAAUGCCCAUGUGUGACAACCAUGACGACGGUGAGACCGCGGCCAUCAUUCUUUGCAACGUUUGCGGGAACCUGUGCACCGACUGUGACCGCUUCCUCCACCUGCACCGACGCACGCGCUCUCACCAGAGACAGGUGUUUAAAGAGGAAGAGGAGGCGAUCAAGGUGGACCUCCACGAGGGCUGUGGGAGGACCAAGCUCUUCUGGCUGAUGGCUCUGGCCGACUCCAAGACCAUGAAGGCCAUGGUGGAGUUCAGAGAGCACACAGGUAAACCAGCAUCCAGCAGCUCAGACGCCUGUAGGUUCUGCGGUACGAGGAGCGGGACGGAGCUGUCUGCAGUGGGCAGCGUCUGUGCGGACCCAGACUGCCAGGAGUACGCCAAGCUGGCGUGCUGCAAGACCCACGGGUGCGGCCACCCCUGUGGCGGCGUGAAGAACGAGGACAAGUGUCUGCCGUGUCUGCACGGCUGUGACAAGAGCACGGGCUGCCUGAAGCAGGACGCAGACGACAUGUGCAUGAUCUGCUUCACCGAGGCACUGUCUGCAGCCCCCGCCGUGCAGCUGGACUGCAGUCAUGUGUUCCACCUGCAGUGCACCAGACGGGUGCUGGAGAACCGCUGGCUGGGACCCCGCAUCACGUUUGGCUUCAUGUCGUGUCCCAUCUGCAAGAACAAAAUCAACCACUCGGUGAUCAAGGACCUGCUGGACCCCAUCAGGGAGCUGUACGAGGACGUGCGGAGGAAAGCCCUGAUGAGGCUGGAGUACGAGGGCCUCCACAAGAGCGAGGCCAUCACCACGCCGGGGGCCCGCUUCCACAACGACCCCGCCGGCUUCGCCAUGAACCGAUACGCCUACUACGUCUGCUUCAAGUGCAAAAAGGCCUACUUUGGGGGAGAGGCACGAUGCGACGCGGAGGCCGGCCAGGGGGAUGACUACGAUCCCAGCGAGCUGAUCUGCGGGGCAUGUUCUGAUGUCUCCAGAGCUCAGAUGUGUUCCAAGCACGGCACAGACUUCCUGGAGUAUAAGUGCCGGUACUGCUGCUCGGUGGCGGUCUUCUUCUGCUUCGGCACGACGCACUUCUGUAACGCCUGCCACGAUGACUUCCAGAGGAUGACCAGCGUCCCGAAGGAGGAGCUGCCCCACUGUCCUGCAGGUCCUAAGGGGAAGCAGCUGGAGGGGACUGAAUGCCCUCUGCACGUGGUGCACCCGCCCACGGGAGAGGAGUUUGCCCUGGGCUGCGGCGUGUGUCGGAACGCCCAUACCUUCUAGGCCACCGUGAGAGAGACCCGUACUGAAAAAGGCUUGUUGAUCUACUGUGAUUCCUGGCUGUCGCUGCUGUGGACGCUCAGCCCUGGACGAUGGCUCCUCCUGCUGUGUGCGAGCCACACUGGAGGCCCCCCCCAUUUCCCCCACACACAUCCCCCCCCCCACCCCCCACACCUGCUGGUCAAGCUUUCUGUUCGCUGGACUACAAACGAGAGUGCCAGAGUUCUGCUACAAAGACAUACUCAAGGGUCAGCUCUCGGGAAUCGGUAAACUUAAUGAAAAAAUUAAAACAGUUAUGUUUAAAAAAAUAUGUAUAUGAAUUAAAAGAAUACUUGUGACGUGUUUUGCAUGCGGCCGUUGUUCUCCCCUCGGCUUCCAUAGGCGUCGCACACCACCCGAUCAAUGAAGUGUAACAAUAUAGUGACGAUUAAACAUGGGAUAUAAAAUACAUUUGCAUAAGGCAACCGUGGAGGGACGUGGUUAGAAGAAAAAAAAACAUGGGCCGUAUUUACAGCUUCCUGAAUAUGAAUUAAAAGAUUUUGUUGUAUGUAAACUGACUUUUUUCGUAAUCCUGUACAGUAUUGUCCCCUGUCAAGUGCAUCAUGGGUUGACGGACAAAAAAAAGACAUGUGGGUGAAUAAGACUGUAAGAAUGUCAAGUCUGGGAGGAAAAUAGUGUACGAUUUAUCUAAUCUUGUAUAUAAUAAUAGUAUCCAAAAUAGCUGUAUUCCGAAAUUGCUACUCUCCACUUCAGUUUUGUUUGAUAUUCUGGGUUAUGUUUUGAGCCAGAACUUUUAAUGAAGUGCAAUACUGGGUGUGCCUCCUCUUCUGCAGCUGUUAUACCUAUGGAAUGUAUGUCAAUAAAGGCCACUGUACAUUUUUAUACAGUAGACACAGUUGUGUUUCAUCCCCUUUAAACUGUCACUUAUGUUUUUUUCUGGAAAUGCAAAAAAGAAAAGAGAAAUAAAGUUAUAGAUCUGGGACAUGGAAGCCAUUUUCAUCUAUAGCACAGUUGUAUCCAAACUUGACCAGGAGUCAAUUUUCAAGGAGUGAUCACUGCACAGUUUGAGGCCAGUUAAUUGCACCAAUUAUUACAAUUAAUCUCUAAUGUUAUUCCCGAGAAGGAGAUAUGGUGUGUGGGUCAGAGGAAGAGUGACAAAAACAGCUGCUGUUAUAUAUAUAUAUAAAUAUAUAUUAAAAAAGCAUAAUACUUGUGAAUCUGCUCUGUAAUAUCUGUGGUGGAUGGAGUUGAAUGGUAAUAAACCAGGUUAUCUGUUUCGCAGACAACAUUGUGUGAUUUCUUAAUGACUAACAAGUGUUGACCAUUUAAAUACACUUUAAAACACAAAGGGACUAAUUAAAAAUGUGCUAUUUGCAGUGUGCAAAACCACCCUUCCUAAUUAGAAAGUGGGCAUAGAUAAUAACUAACUGUGCGUUCACACCAAACGCGACGGGGCGACAAGAUCCCAUGCAAAGUGAACGUAGAGACGCGUAUCGGGCGAUUUUUUUUGAUUUGUCACUGCCUCUUCCGUGGUCAUUACAAUA